UCAGUUGUUGCCUUGUUUUGUUAAUCAUAGAUUGAUUAGUUCCAGUAGCCAUGAUAUCCAGUGAUGAAAACCUCAUCACUUCAUCUCUCUUGCUGAUUCUAUUUCUCUCACUCCAUAGUUUGUUUGAAUCUUGUGAUGCCAAAUGCACUCCUUCUUCCUGUGGCAUCUUUCCCAGCAUCAGAUCCCCUUUCCGCCUCAAGAGCGACCCCAAAAAGUGUGGUGACCGAAGACAUGAAUUAGCAUGUGAAAAUAAUGUAACCUCCAUCUCCCUUAAUUCUCACAAAUACUAUGUCAAAGCAAUCAACUACACUGGCUACAGAGAUGAGCCCACCAUCCGGGUGGUUGAUGCUUCCAUUAACAAAGACGACAUCUGCUCGUUUCCCACCUUUUCUAUAUAUGCCUAUAGUUUCAUCCAUGAUCGUGCUAAUCCUAUUCCCUACCUGGAAAAUGAUAACUCCUUACCUAUAAACUUAAUAAGCUGCCCAAAUCCCUUGACCAAUUCAUCCCUUUUCACAGAUAUCACAACUCAUUGUGUCUCCAACUCAUCCCAUCACAGAUAUGCUUAUGUCAAAGUCGGCCGCAUGAAGGUCUCAGAGUUGCCAUACACCUGUGGAGUAGAUCUCAUAGUGAUGACAUCCUCGUAUAAAUUUAAGGAUUUGAACAACGUUUCGCUUUCAGAAAUCCAUGAGUCCCUCUUGUAUGGAUAUGAACUCACCAUCUGCCCCUGGUGUGGAACAUCUAAAGUCUCUUUACUUCGGCGGCUUGUCCCAAUUCUUGUGGUCUUUCUAGCAUGUGCAGGUAUGUUGUGUGCAGCAGUAAGCCCUCCUGUAUUUACCAUAUGUGGAUUCGCCGCUGUAUCACUACUCGUACUUCACAUUCUAUUGCUGUUGAGAUAUAUAAUAUACACCGGGCCCGAGCAUAUAAGUAACCCGGUGCUCAAUGGAUCAACAUUCCGUAGAAUAUAUGGAUUCGCAUUUCGUCUAAUAUAUCCUCUUAGAGUCCCAUAUGUCGCGCCAUUGAACCCAGUGCUCGCUAAAGUAGCUGUCGCCAUCGACUUGAUCGUCUUGCUAUCAAGGGGUAUCAUUUUCCCUUUCAUGUUGUGGCUUUUGAUAUACAAAUUCCGAAGAAGGCGCUUGUCCGAAUACAACAUUAUAGAAUCCUUCCUCCAGGGUGAUAACAAACUCUCACCAAUCAGAUAUUCAUAUUCACACAUAAAGAGAAUGACAAGAGGUUUUCAAGAAAAACUAGGUGAAGGAGGCUAUGGUAGUGUUUAUAAAGGAAAACUUCGAAGUGGGCAUCAUGUGGCAGUCAAAAUGCUGGGAAAAUCAGGAGGGAACGGUCAAGACUUUAUAAAUGAAAUAACAACUAUUGGAAGGGUACAUCAUGUCAAUGUGGUGCAACUAGUUGGCUAUUGUGCAGAAGGCUCCAAGCAUGCACUCAUCUUUGAUUUCAUGCCCAGCGGUUCUCUGGAAAAGUACCUCUUCAAUCGAGAAAGAAUGAAUUACUUAAAUUGGAAUACAAAGUUUGAUAUUGCCGUUGGAAUAGCUCAAGGAAUUGAAUAUUUGCAUCGAGGGUGUGAUAUCCAAAUUCUUCAUUUUGACAUCAAGCCUCACAACAUACUCCUCGACCAGAACUUCAUCCCCAAAAUAUCUGAUUUCGGGCUAGCCAAGUUAUACUCCAUAGAGAAGAAGGUAGUUACGUUAACAGCCGCUAGAGGAACUAUAGGAUAUGUUGCUCCAGAACUUAUCAACCGAGGUAUUGGCGGAGUCUCUUCCAAGGUGGAUGUGUAUAGUUUUGGGAUGUUGCUGAUUGAAAUGUUGGGCUUAAACAGAGUGUUGAGGGAAAACAAAGAUGAUUCUACAAAGUAUUUCCCAUAUUGGAUAUAUGACCACAUUAAGCAAGGUAGGGAGAUUAAUAUUGAAAAGGCGGAGGAAAACAAUAGUAAUGAUGAGGAUGAUAAUGUUCGGAAGAUGACAAUAGUUGCGUUAUGGUGCAUACAAAUGAAUCCAAAUGAUCGUCCAUCAAUGAAUCAAGUGUUGCAAAUGUUAGAAGGUGAUGUGGAGCGCCUGCAGAUUCCAGAGGUUCCAUCAUCACAAUCAACCCAAAUUGCUGGAUAUGAGGAAGAGAGCUGGCCUACAGAUGAAACUGAUUCUGUAUCUUUGAUCCAUCAUAACAAUGCCAACAAUUUUGAGAUUUCUAUUGCAUGAACCUCUUCUUCCCAAUCUCCUGUUAUCCAUCCAUCUCUUCUUCUACAUGUAUCUGUACUGUACUCAUAGUUUUGUUUUUGAUUCCUUAGUAAUAUGUGAUAAUAAAUCAUUUGCUUCUAACCAA